AUGGCGGAGCUCUCGGAGACCUACGCCUGCGUGCCGACGACGGAACGGGGGCGGGGGAUCCUGAUCGCCGGCGACCACAAGACGGACUCCAUCGCCUACUGCAACGGCCGGUCGGUAAUCAUCCGGCGUCUCGACCGCCCCCUCGAGGUCUCCAUCUACGGCGAGCACGCCUACACAGCCACUGUUGCCCGUUUCUCUCCCAACGGCGAGUGGGUCGCUUCCGCCGACGUCUCCGGCACCGUCCGGAUCUGGGGGCGCAACGGCGAUCGCGCCCUCAAGAACGAGUUCCGGGUCCUCUCCGGCCGCAUAGAUGACCUCCAGUGGUCUCCCGAUGGGCAGAGGAUUGUCGCCUCCGGUGAAGGCAAGGGCAAGUCCUUCGUUCGUGCGUUCAUGUAAGCGAUAAUAGCGAUGGUCUUCGGAGCUUUUCGACGGCCGCUCCAAUUGAUCGAGCCUUUCGUUGCAGGUGGGAUUCGGGCACCAACGUGGGGGAAUUUGACGGGCACUCGAGACGGGUGCUGAGCUGCACAUUCAAGCCAACUAGGCCGUUCCGGAUUGUCACCUGUGGCGAGGAUUUCCUGGUGAAUUUCUACGAGGGCCCGCCGUUCAGAUUCAAGCUCUCCCACAGGUUCGUCUGCAAUUUUUAGGAAUGAUGGUAAUCUACCGAUGACGAUGAUGAUUUUCAGCUGCCGCUAGUGAAAUCAUGCUCUUGCUUACUACUCUGAUACCCUGAAAACUAAUAUCUGCUCAUAAUCUCGAAGGAACUGUAUAUCGAUUUUUCAUUUUUCAAUCAGGAAAAUUCUCAGCAUCUGGAAAAUUUUGCCGUCAGGAAACCAAUCAGAUGUGGAGAAAGUUGAGAGAUUUCCUCUCGAAACACAGGGCUACAUUUUCUGGCUAAACAAUUUAAAGGCAAUACAUAAUCUUCGGAGAAGGAACAGUUAGUUUGACUCUAGAAGCAUCCGUAUGCAGUUUCAUUGAUGAAUUCAGAGGACAUCUCUUCUCCUGAUGCUGGGUAGCCCGUAACAUGAUUUAGGAAGUACACUUUCUCAUAAGUUUCUUCAACCGUCGUCAGAGGUAAUCCGUGAAGCAAGGACUGAAGCCCAAGCAUAAACUCAUCAAUAUCCCUGCUCAAGUGGUUAUUUGGUCUUCUGAAAGACAAAAAACAUUACAGAUACCUACUGAAGCCGUCAGAAUGCAGAAACGGCUGAAACUGUCAAACACUAGACCCAUAAAUUGGAUAUUCAUUUGUGAAAAAAAUCAAAAAAAAAUUGUGCCCUGGAUAAUUGUGCAGCACCAUUGGUUACUUUGGGAUUCCCUCCUUACCCUUCACAUUUCCAUAUUCUUUAAAAAGAAUUCGUUCAUAUUGUUAAAGCUAUUGGAUCGACUACCCAAAAUCAGUCAGCUAUGAGCGAACUAGGCCCAUAAAUACUGUCCUACACGGAUUUAAUUCUAUGUUAAUCAAUAUGUGAUUGCUCUAACAGAAUCCCUUAUAGGAAAGCCUACUGUUUUGUGAUUAUUUGCGUGGAAAACGCUAAGAAGUUCUGUUCAGCCCAAGAGCAGCCAUCAGUUUUAAUAUCAUGUUAAACUUAUUGAGCGGUCAAAGUGAAAAUUAAUUUGUUGUGACCGGAGUUAAGUGUAUCUUUAGGAGCACAUAUUUAUUUUAAUGUUAUUUAGUACCGGAAUAUAAUGAAAUAUGUGAAAUAGAAGAACUACUAAUUGAUGGUUAGAUGACUUUCCGUCCUUUCAAUCUGAAUGGUCCGGGAGUUUUGCAGCCACUUCCCUGAUUUGUGUGGUCUCUACAUUUCCUUGGAAGGCUCAAAUAUUCACUCUUAAAGUAAAUGUUGUGAUCAUGUUCCAAAUUUGGCCAUUCUGCCGACCACGUUUGCUGUAGGAGAGGGUGCAUUGAAGAACAGUGUAAUAGAUUUAGUGAAGAUCUGAUGACAAGAUGGCAUUGCUGCAGAGCUUAUGCCCGGUAAAUUCAAUGGAUGAUAUUCCAAGGGAGAUAUGUUCUAUGUUAGUGGCGUAAGAUAGGAAUUGCAAGCUCCCAUGUUCAUCUACUCAACAAGUGAAUUGAACUCGCUUAAAUCCUGUUUGUUUUCUCAAUGAAUGCUAAGUUCUCAUCCCGUAUCUUUUUUUUUUUCCUUGAUACAUCGUUCUAAGAACAUAAAACAUUCUGAAAUGUCAUGCUCCAAAUUCUAGUGUAAUAUCUUAUUUUAUUCCCUCUUUUCGAGAUGUUUUCUGUAAUUUUUUAUGGCUGAUUGUGAUAUUUCUGCUGCUGCACGUGUUAGUUAUUGGAUCAUAGUUUCUUCUCGAUUCGUGUCCAGGGAGCAUUCGAAUUUUGUCAACUGUGUGAGGUACUCUCCCGACGGUACUAAAUUCAUCACCGUAAGCUCAGACAAGAAAGGAAUAAUAUAUGAUGGUAAGACCGGAGAAAAGAUGGGCGAGUUAGCUGGGGAAGAUGGCCACAAAGGAAGCAUCUAUGCAGUUAGCUGGAGUCCUGACAGCAACCAGGUAAACUAGGCAUUGAUGCAAAAUUUUACUAGUUUUCCAAAUAUAGCGUCAAAACCAAAAAUUAACCGCAAAAUUGAAAUUUCCUGACAAAAUCCUCAGGUGUUGACCGUUUCUGCUGAUAAGUCAGCAAAAAUAUGGGAAAUAACAGACAGUGGGGGAGGGAAGUUGAAGAGGACGCUGAGCUGUGUGGCGGGCUCGGGCAGCAUUGACGACAUGCUUGUCGGCUGUCUCUGGCAGAACGAUCAUCUUGUGACUGUCUCUCUUGGCGGAACAAUCAGCUUGUUCUCAGCCAGCAACCCCAAUCAAAUGCCCAUAUCAUUUUCUGGCCACAUGAAGAGCGUGAGCUCCUUAGCCUGUUUUCUUCAGGAUGGGCAGAAAGCCAUUGUCUCCAGCAGCUACGAUGGCAUUAUAAUUAGAUGGACUCAAGGCGUGGGAUUUGGUGGAAAACUGAAAAGGAAGAACACCUCCCAGAUCAAGUGCUUCUCUGGUGUCAGGGAAGAAUUCAUUGUUUCUGGAUUUGACAACAAGGUUUAUAUUUUAGUUCUGUCUCAUGCUUCUCAUACAAUUCAUGCACUUGGGGUCGCAAAUUGUCGUGCAUUUCUAAUUUCCUGGGUACUUUCGAGGUUGGUUUCAUUCAUUCGAGUACCUGCUAAAACUUGAAUCUUCAUAUCAUCCAUUGAACUUCACAUGGCACUUUUUAUCUUCUUUUUUAUUGUGUGCGAAAUCUCUUGUUUUGGGGUGAUGAUUUUUCUGAUUUAUUUUGCAGGUAUGGAGGCAUUCUUUGUGUGGCGAUGAACUCGGAGACUCAGACCCCAUCGACGUUGGCUCCCAACCAAAGGACCUGAGCCUGGCAGCUCAGUCUCCAGAGAUUGCCUUGGUCUCGACCGAUUCCAAUGUCACCGUGCUCCACGGGACAGCUGUUGUGUCGACCACCAAGCUGGGAUUUACUGCGACAGCAUCUGCCAUUGCGCCUGACGGUAGCAAGGCCAUCAUUGGUGGGCAGGAUGGGAAGCUCCGUGUGUACAGCAUCCAUGGAGGGGUGCUGGCAGAGACUGCCCUCCUCGAGAAGCAUCGUGGUCCCAUCACUGCGAUCCGGUAUUCCCCUGAUGGUUCCUCCUUCGCCUCUGCUGAUGCCAACCGGGAGGCCGUUGUCUGGGACUGUGUCUCCCUCGAGGUAAGAGUUGACUUUCCACGUCUGGUCAUAGAAACGUCGAGCAAUCGGAGUUUUCUGCUGAUUACGGUCAAAUUCCAGGUGAAGCUGAAGAACAUGCUGUACCACACCGCGCGGAUAAAUUGCCUGGCGUGGUCGCCAGAUGGGAGCAUGGUGGCGACUGGCUCGCUGGACACCUGCGUCAUUGUCUAUGAGGUGAGCAAGCCAGCGUCCAGCCGGAUAACCAUAAAGGGUGCUCACUUGGGAGGGGUUUGUGGCCUGGCCUUCAGCGACAAGGACAGCCUGGUCAGCUCCGGUGAGGAUGCCUGCAUUCGCGUCUGGAGGUUGACUCCACCAUCGUGA